AUUUUAACAGGGCUCCAAAAUCCAAUUUCACUUCCAUCUCAAAUAUCAUUUUCACGAAACCCCAAUUUUUUUCAUCCCUCCAUCUCAAAUUUCAUCAAAGCCUUAAAAUAACCAAACACAAAAUUAGAAUCACUCUACCACCGAUUUCACAAAACCCCUAAAAUGGCAAUUUCGAAUCCCUUCAUCUUCAAUCACACGCCCUGCAGUAGAUCCGCUCAUCUCAGUUCCAAUCUGGGUUCGUGUUCAUCUCGGUUGCGCUCGUUUCAAUCCCUUUACAUCGUUUCGUAGUUCUAAUGGAUGAGUUGCAGCAGCAGGGUAAGUGGUUAUAGUUCAUUAAAUUUUGCUUACAAGUGUUUAGACAACAAAAGGGUUUCAAAAGUGGUGUGCGCGCGCGUCCCCUGUUUGUUUGGCUCCAUAUUAGGUCUGCUGCUAUUUUUUUUUCCUAGUGGGGCGAUUAUGUUCUGGUGCCUGGCACAACUCUGUUUGUUUUUCGGUGUAUCAUUCAGAGAGGGUUGGAGUGAUAAUAGAAUUGAGAAGACCAAGUCUAUGAUUAUUGAGGAGGGUAUUGAAAAUGGCAUUCUUUUUGGCGUUGUUGCAACUAUUGCUGAGAUUUUGCAAAGGUCUUGACUCACCGAAAUUACUUUAACAACUUUGCUAGAAAUAUUGUUUGUACAACUACUAUGGUUUAUACACUAUUUAGAAUGUGAACUAUGAAGCUUACUUAAAAUGGUGUAAAUAAACAACUUAUUAUAUGAUGUUAAUUUAAAUUUUGUUAUUGUA